AUGGCUUCCAACAACAAAUCAUCAGCUACCAUUUUAGUAUUUUCUCUCCUUGCUUACUCAACAUUCAUUGAGGCUAAUGGUACAUAUCCUCCAUCACCAAAGCCAACACCGCCACCUUCAUCCCAAGUUCAUUGCCCCAUAGACACUUUAAAGCUAGGGGUUUGUGCUGAUAUUUUAGGGUUUGUUAACGUGGUCGUUGGAAAUCCUCCUUCGGGUAGUAAAUGUUGUGCUUUACUCAAAGGUUUGGUUGAUUUGGAGGAAGCAGCAUGUCUUUGCACAGCAAUAAAAGCCAAUGUGCUUGGAAUAAACUUGAAUGUACCUAUCACACUCACUUGGAUUCUUAGUGCAUGUCAAAAAACAGUUCCUCCUGGUUUCCAAUGUGCCUAG